AUGGCUGCGUUGUCGUCGUUGUGUGGCCUGGGCGCUUGGCCUGGAUCCUUGAGGCACUGGGUCCUAACCUGUUUUGUGACACUACUGUUGCUGCCUCCGCCUUCAAACUUAGGUGAUAAAGAGGACCACGACCAGCCAGUUUGUGGCAAGCCCUGGUGGCCAGACAACUUGGAGAAGAGCCGCCAUUGGCCCUGGGAAGUGAGCCUUCGCAUACAGAACAAGCACGUGUGUGGAGGGGCCCUCAUUGAUAUCAACUGGGUAGUCUCUGCAGCUCACUGCAUCCAGGGUAACAAAGAAUACUCAGUGAUGCUGGGUAGCAGCAAGCUGCAGCCCGAGGGCUCUUCCAGGGCCCUGAAGAUUCCCGUGGCGGACAUCAUUGUGCAUCCCAAGUACUGGGGCCGGAACUUCAUCAGAAGUGACAUUGCCCUUCUCCGUCUCGAAUCCCCUGUCACCUUCAACAAGCACAUGCAGCCCAUCUGUCUCCCAGAGCAAGGCUUCAGCUUGAAGGCUGGGACUCAGUGCUGGGUGACUGGCUGGGGCAAGACUAAGCAGCACUCCUCAGACAACUUGACACUGACUCCAGAGCUUCGGGAGGCCGAGGUCUUCAUUUUGGACAACAAGAAGUGUGACCAUAUUUUCCACAAGACGUCCUUCUAUCCCCAAGUUAUCCCUCUUAUCCGGAGUAACAUGCUGUGUGCCACCAAUUAUGGAGAGAAUGCAUGUUAUGGAGACCCUGGGGGUCCAUUGGCUUGUGAAAUUGACGGAAGAUGGAUUCUGGCCGGGGUGUUAUCGUGGGAGAAGGCCUGCAUCAAGCCUCAGAAUCCAGCUGUAUACACUCGCCUCACCAAAUAUACUAGAUGGAUUAAGGAGGAAGUGAACCACGUGGCACCGCCAGCGCUGUGCCAGGCCUCCUGCCUCCUAUCCCUGUUCUGGCUGCUGCAGCUCCCAGCAGGCCUGUGA